AUGGCGUGGAAGCUGGGAACCUCCCCGGCGGAAUUUCCAGAGCCGGCCCCACUCUGCCAGAACUUCGUGCAGCACCGGGGCGUGAUGCGCUUCGACCACUGCCACGCCGGCGAGCUCGGGGGCGGCUUCAGCGUGCUACAGCUGAGGGCGCGGGGCUUGGACCUGAAGCUGCAGGGGGAGCUGAUCUUGCACAACUGCAGCGCCUGGCUGAGCGGUGGGGCCUUCUACACGACGUUGCCGGCGGAGAUCUCGUUGCUGCGCGUGGGGGACGUGGGCGGUGGAUCUGCGGGCGGGGCCUCCCUGGGGUCACAGGCCCGGCUGAACUUGCAGGACCUUCGCAUCGAGAACCAUGUGUCUCGAGACUUCAUUGUGCUGGCAACCAGCUGGAAGCUCGGCUUGCCGGUGCAGUGCCCUGUUGCCACCAAUCGCUGCGCCUUCCAUGGCGUUCACGACGUGAACACGUCGGUGCCGCUGUGCCCGGCGGGGGCGGGGCUGGAGGAGGUGGCGGAGGUGCAAUCCACUUCUCAAAGCGCGGAAUCCAUCGAUGAGGGCUCCCGCCGGGGCAGCAUGGGCUGCUACCGCUGCGACCCGGACUACUUCCAGCUGCAGAACUUGUCAAGAGCCCGAUGCCAGCGCUGCCCACGGCAUACGGACACCUGCCUGCCCAAUGAGCUGCGGAUGUGGGAGGGUUACAUGCUGCUGGGAGACAAAGGCUACAUUUGCCCCAACCCGCGGGUGUGCCCUGGGGGAGCGCUGCCCUUCAACCAGCCCCCCAUGUGCGCGGAAGGUUAUGUGGGCCAGGGCUGCAUGACUUGCGCCUCCACUCAUGGCAUCUCCGACGCCAGCAUCCUCUCCUGCGUCAGAUGCGCCUUGAGCAGCUUUGAGCAGCUGAAGCAGGGGGCCGUCACGGUGGUCAAGGAUGGGGCCAUCUUCGCCAUGGCGGCGUUUGGCGCCAUGGCCAGCGUUGCGGAGGGCCGAGAGGCGGAGGUGAAGAUCAGUGGGAUCCUGGUGAACCAGCUGAUGGCCUUCUCCACGGUGGCCUCCACCGCCAUGUCCGCUGUGCUGGAGACCUCGGCGGCCAAGGCGCUCCGGAAGGAUAUCGCCACAUCGCUGCAGGUCUCGGUCCACCUGGUGGACUUCGCGCAGGGCGAGAGCUCUGGGGGCUUCUCCACCCACUGCAUUCUGAGCUAUUUGGGCUUGCAGCGCGGCAUGGUAGCGGCGCACGUGUUGGUGAGCGUGGUGCCGGUUGUGUUGAUGCUGCUGCUGGCCUGGAAGGAGCCCACCAUGGCCUUCGUGGUGGGCAGCAACUGCUUCAUGCCGCGCUUCUGCGCGGACUUCUGCAAGUACUGCGUCUUUUUCCGCGUGGAAGUCGGAGGUGAACUUCUGUUUCCUUACCUGCCGGCCGCCCUCAGUCCUAUGCAGGGCAUCUGGAUGGCGUCUUUGGGCUUCGGCCUGUGCCUGGUGCUGGUGGUCUCCCUUUGGGUCACGGUAGCCUCCUCCAAGCAGAAGCCGAUGCCGGCCACUGUGGCUUACCUGGUGAGGCCCUACAGGCCAGAAUGCGCGGCUAUGGAGGUGGAGCGGCUGGUGCGGAAGACGCUGCUCAAGUCGGCUGCCGCGGCGCUGCCGGCGGUGUCCAAGCCAGCCUCCCAGCUGGCCUGCGUGUCCCUGGUGAUGUCCUGUUCCCUGGCGAGCUACGCUCUUUUCAUGCCCUACAAGAUCUCCAAGGCGAACUACUCGGAAGUGGUCCUGCUACUCGCUGGUCUGCUGUUAGCCAUUUUGACCAACUGGCUGGUCGCCAACGAUAUUCGUGGAGAUGCCAGCAUCGGUGCCCAGCUCGUGCUGCUGGCAGCCAUCGCGCUGCUGGGCACCAGCAUCUCCGUGCUGAUGAUGGGGCUGAUCCUCUACUUCUGGCGGCUUGAGCGGGCCGCAAAUCAGACCUGA